AUGGACGUCCUGGUCCGAUUCCUGCAGCUGCUAGUGCUGCUCCUGACCCUGCCCCUGCACCUGUUAGCGUUACUGGGCUUCUGGCAGCCCAUAUGCAAAACCUACUUUCCGUAUCUGAUGGCAACACUGACCGUCAAGAGUAACCGCAAAAUGGAGAGCAAGAAGAGAGAGCUGUUUGGCCAAAUCAAGGGGUUUGCAGGAGCCUCCGGGAAGGUGGCGCUGCUGGAGCUGGGCUGUGGCACCGGGGCCAACUUCCAGUUUUACCCAGCCGGAUGUAGGAUCACCUGCCUGGACCCAAACCCCAACUUUGAGACUUUCCUGACAAAGAGUAUGGCUGAGAACAAGCACCUCAAAUAUGAGAAGUUUGUGGUGGCUUCUGGAGAGGACAUGAGGCAGCUGGCGGACAGCUCCAUGGAUGUGGUGGUCUGCACCCUGGUGCUGUGCUCUGUCAAGAGCACCAAGAAGGUCCUGCAAGAGGUUCAGAGAGUGCUGAGGCCGGGAGGAGUGUUCUUCUUCUGGGAGCAUGUGGCUGAGCCACGUGGAAGCUGGGCCUACAUGUGGCAGCAAGUUUUAGAGCCCACCUGGAAACACAUUGGGGAUGGCUGCUGCCUCACCAGGGAGACCUGGAAGGAUCUGGAGAACGCCCGGUUCUCUGAACUCCAGAUGGAACGACAACCACCUCCCAUCAAGUGGUUACCUGUCGGGCCCCACAUCAUGGGAAAGGCUGUGAAAUAA